AUGUCCGAUGUUAAAAUACGUGCGGAUAUAGAGGUUGAUGGGGUUAGUGUUGGGAUUGGGAAAGAAUAUAUAUGGAAGGGGACAAAUGGGAUGAGGAGUUUGGAGGUUCAGAUACCUGUACGAGUCCUGCGUGAAGGGGGUUGGUGGACGACGAUGAUUGUACGGCCUGCGGGGGUCAUGUAUGGAGUGGAUUCUUUUGAGGAUGUUUUGAGGUAUGAUGACAGGACUGAAGGCGGGGUUGCAAAAGUCAGAAGUAGGGCAAUUGACCUGAAAACUGGGGCAACUAUGUCAGAUGGUAUGGCUGAACGAGUUUUCAAUACUGGGUUUGGAAUGGAGGAGGAAAUCCGUAUUUGGGAAGAAACGGGAGACAGUAUUGCGAGACAUAUUUGGGAUGCGGGUUUAGUGCUCUCAUCAUAUCUAUCAUCUCUUCGCAAUUCUUCUAAACCUGUAGGCUCUCUUCCUACUUUAGAAAAGUUUCUGAGCACGCAACAGGAUAUCAAUAUCCUUGAAUUAGGAGCAGGAUGUGGAAUCGUGGGUAUCACACUCGCGAAGCUCUUUUAUGAUAAAAUUAAUAAGAUCUUGCUCACUGAUCUCCCUGAAGCCUCGGAGAUACUGGAGAAGAACAUUUCUACAAUGGCUUCAAAGUCAGAUGUCUCGCUCCGUUGUUCUUGCUCUCAUCAAGUUCUUGAUUGGUCAAUGCCACUUUCAGGGGAUGUAAGGGGCGAGAGGUGGGAGUUGGUGGUGGUAGCGGAUUGUACAUAUAAUCCUGAUGUAGUACCAGAUUUAGUGCAGACACUGACGAAAUUGAGGGAUGGAAACAAGGAGAUGUUGAUUUUGUUGGCAAUGAAGGUGAGACAUGAUAGUGAGAUGGUGUUUUUUGAGCUCAUGGAGAAGGAGGAGUUUGGGGUUGUGGAGAGGUGCAAGGUGCCUUUGAAAAUGGUGGGCGAGGAAGGGCAGGAGAUUGAGAUUUUUGUUUUUAGGUGA